AAAAAUUCCUAAAUGUGCACUACAGCCUGUCACCGGAAGUACGCCAGCUAACUUCCGGAUAUAAUACAAAACAUGCAGCGCCGCGGUUAUCAUUCACUUUAGCGUGCCUGAACAGUUUUGAUCAAACCAUGUUGACCCCGCCGAAAGAGGGGAUGCCCAGCAUGAUCGACAGGGCGCUGAGGAUGAGGAGGGAGGAGCAGGCUCGUCAGGUGGUCCUGGCCUGGGCUGUGCUCAACGUGUCUUUAGCUGGCAUGAUUUACACUGAGAUGUCAGGGAAGCUGCUGAGCCGAUACUACAACAUCACCUACUGGCCUAUCUGGUACAUCGAACUGGUGCUAGCCUCUCUAUUUAGCCUCAAUGCUCUUUUUGACUUCUGGAAGUAUUUCAAAUACACGAUGGCUCCCUCUACCAUUGCUGUAUCCCCUGGGCAGCAUCAACUCCUGGGUCUGAGAAACACAACUAUUCAGGCUUCUCCGCCUCAAAAGCCAGAAAAAAAGGAGACCCCAGCUCCAGCCCAGUCGUCUCCACUGCAGGGCCAAAGCGUGCUGAGCUUCAGCCCCUCGCGGCCGGCCACCACCAGCCCAAAGUUCUCCCCCAGCUGUGUACCCGGGUACAGCCCUUCUCUGAGCAACCCGUCUACCCCAAACAGUGCAGGAGGGCCCUUUUCACCCUCUGUGGCCUUUGGAAAAGUUCUGAACUACAGUCCCUCUCCUGGCUCCUCUCCCUACCCCAGCAGCAUCGGACCAGUAGAAGGCUCCAGUUUGAGAGCCCGGUAUCGCACGUCGCCGUCGGUGUUUAACUCCCCUGGAAGCAAGGAGGACUACAUGGAGGAUCUGAAAAGCCUGGAGAGGUUCCUCCACACAGAGGAGGAGAAGAGUCACCGCAGCCAGCUAGGGAGUCCAGAGGCCGUGUCUCCAAACCACAGCCCAACAUUUUGGAACUACAACCGCUCGGUGGGAGAUUACGCCCAGAGCCUGAGGAAGUUCCUGUAUCAGCCGGCCUGUCGCUCUCAGGCUCCAUCUGCCCACAAGGAUGAGACGGACCUGGGCUCCAAGCAGGCUGCAGAGGAGGUGUGGGCCAGAAUCACAACCAGCCGCCCCGUAGUGGACCGCAUUGAUAGCUGGACGGCCAAACUUAGAAAUUGGAUCAGUGACACCAUCUUGGUCCCCCUGGUCAAGGAAAUAGACUCGGUCAACAGCCAGCUCAGGAGGAUGGGCUGCCCUGAGCUCCAGAUAGGAGAGGCCAGCAUAAGCAGCUUGAAACAGGCAGCAGUGAUGAAAGCCUCGUCCAUCCCCACUAUGAACUCUAUUGUUCAGUAUCUGGACAUCACUCCCAACCAGGAGUAUCUAGUGGAGCGCGUGAAGGAGCUGGCCCACAGCGGCUGCAUGAGCUCUUUUCGCUGGAAUAGUGGCGGCGAUCUGAGGAACAGGAAAUGGGACACAGACCUCCCUACUGACUGUGCUAUCCUCAUGCACGUGUUUUGUACAUACUUGGACUCCAGACUUCCCCCACACCCGAAGUACCCGGACGGGAAGACGUUCACUUCACAGCACUUCAGCCACACCCCAGACAAACCUGAUGUUACCAAGGAGAACCUCUUCGGUGUCCACCAAAGCAGCACCACUCCCCCCCACUACCAGCUCAUCUACCAGGGACAUAUCUACAGUCUGCCCAAGGGCAGGAACAACCUGUUCCACACUAUACUCAUGUUCCUCUAUGUCAUUAAGACUAAGGAGUCAGGGAUGCUGGGGAGAGUAAAUCUUGGCCUCUCCGGCGUGAACAUCUUGUGGAUAUUCGAGGACUGAUGCGUCGUCUUUCACAUGCAACAAAAAGCUGCAAAUGGAUUUCUUCCACCCACAAUGCUUUGUGGCUACACUGGUUGGAAUAUCGCCUCAACUUUAAGGACUGCUCUUUCAGAAAAGAAGCGCUUCACGUUGAAAGAGAAUAAAUGCGCAUUUAUGGACAUUUUCUCAGCGUUGGCACACAAAUGGGCAACAUUCUGUACAUUUUCAGUAUGUGACACCACAGUGUGCUUAUGAUGAAAUGCAGAGUUGUAUUUUUUAACAUGGUUUGGUUUUUGUAUUUUGAGAAUGUACCAGCAUGGCAGCCUUGUAAAUAAUAUACCUCAGAUUUAUCUGGUGGAUGGCUCCGACCCAUUCAGCACGAAUGCAAAUAUAGUAUGUGUGGACUUUUGUUUCUUUUUUUAUUGGUAUGCUGUUUUUUUUUGUUCUUGUAGUUUGAUGGAUGGCUGCUGCAGUAGAGAUGCUCCUGACAUGCUUGAAGUCAACCACAGAAAUUGGACUUGUGAAAAUACAAGCAAUAAAUAACAAAUUCAAAAUUGAAGUAUGAUGAAGUUACGAAGCUUCCCAUUGUUUUAGGCUGUAAGGUGACACGACUAUGUAUGCUGUUUUGAGAUAUGAUGGAGAACAAUUGCAAAACCUUUUUGAAUGAUAAAUGUCUUUUUUUCUGAAUAUAUUGUAUUUUACAAAAGACAUCUGAAUGCAGUUUGUCCUGACUUCCUGUGUCAGCCAAUUCAAACUUUCUACGUUUGCUCGUUUUCAAGAAUGUCAUUUUACAAAUGUCAGAAAUCAAAAAUAAAAUUGAGAUAUAAAAAUAGAAAGCUUAAAC